ACAUGCACUGGAGGCAACGCCCACAUGGGGUAAUAGACCUUUGCGAUUGGACGACCGCCACAUAAAUCACCUGCUGUGGCCUGGUGAUUGCUGUCCACAGUUUCAGCUGCACUUCUAUGGGGUUUUAAACUCAUCCAAGUUCUUAGGAUGUCAACGUACAAACUGGUUCUGCUGAGGCAUGGAGAGGGUACCUGGAACAAGGAGAACCGCUUCUGCAGCUGGGUGGACCAGAAGCUGAGCGAGGAUGGGGUGAAGGAAGCCCAGGAUUGUGGCAGGCUUCUCAAGGAGCAGGGCUACAAGUUUGACUUGGUGUUCACCUCCAUACUCAGCCGCUCCAUCCAGACAGCAUGGCUGGUGUUGGAGGCUAUGGACCAGGAGUGGGUCCCCGUUGUCAAAUCAUGGAGGCUUAAUGAACGCCACUAUGGAGCCCUGAUCGGACUCAACCGGGCAGAGAUGGCUCUGCAACAUGGGGAGGAAAAGGUGAAGCUGUGGAGAAGGAGUUAUCACAUUACUCCACCUCUGAUUGAUGAAUCCCACCCUUACUAUUUGGAAAUCUACAAUGACCGCAGAUAUACCACAUGCGAUGUGCCAAAGGAGAAUCUGCCCCGAGCAGAGAGUCUGAAGGAGGUUCUGGACAGGCUGCUGCCAUUCUGGCACAGCACUGUGGUCCCUGAGAUGCAGAGAGGCAAGACUGUGCUCAUUUCUGCUCACGGAAACAGCUGCAGGGCCCUUCUUAAACACCUGGAAGGUGUUUCAGAUGAAGAUAUUGCCAAUGUGACUUUACCAACCGGGAUACCUGUGCAACUUGAGCUGGAUGAGAACCUCAAACCAUUGAAACCUCGACAGCUGCUGGGAGACCAGGCUAAGAUUCAGGCAGCCAUUAAAAAGGUGGAGGACCAGGGCAAAGCUAAACAAGCAACUUAACUACAUGUGCACUGUUCUUCCUGCCUGCUUGCUGGAUCAUUACAUCCGUAGAAAGCCAGAGUCUUAAACAGACUUGAAUUACUCUGUAUAACAAUAGCCAAUAACAACAACACAUUGCAGUUGUGAGAUGGCUCUAAAUGUUACAGAUAAGUUGUGUGUGUGUGUGUGAUUGUUGGCUUAAGCAGGAUAUAGUUUCUGUGCACUGGAGGUCUAGGUGAUCAUUAAAAACUUGUACUCCAAAUGUA